AUGGUAUUCGUUCAGAAAAGUUUUCAAGAUGGACUAGGAAGACAUAUGUGGUUCUUGUCAAGUGAUGAGAGAAAAGGAACGCUGAAUAAUGAGUUUACAUCCCAACCACUAGCUGUGAUUGCUUCUAUGAUUAGUCGAUCAGGGAUGAUGUGUUUCCUGUAUAAUUGUUUCAACAGCGCUGACAAAAAAAUAAGGAUAGCUAUCAUUGUUUGCAUGGCCAUACAAGUUGUCAUUAAUAUGGUUACGGUUGUACAGAUUAUUGUCCAAUGUGGGCCGAAUCCUUACCAUGCGUCAAACCGAGUCAACUAUUUCCAUUACAUGUGGGACGAUAUUCCAUCCGAUGGCUCCGUCACAUGCCAGUCGCCAUCCGUGCAAACUACAGUAGGCUUUGUUCAGGGAGGAAUCAAUUCCACCAUUGAUUUUUUCUUAACUAUACUCUCCGCCGUUCAGCUCUGGAGAUUUACCAUCCGUGCUACAGACCGUGGACCUGUUCCCCGUCUGCACCUGUGCGCCAGGAUACGCAAGAUGCCCAAACAAGCCCGUAUUCGCCGUGUUUGGCAGACAGUGAGCCUUAGCGGACCGUUAUUGCUCUCUGGAAUAGCAUCCAUUGUGAAAACAUAUCUACUCAAAUCUAUUGGCGACAAGAAUGAUAUUACUCACAAUAUCAUCCCGUUCAUCCUCUGGGUAAAAAUUGAGAAUUAUAGCAUCCUUCUCGCAACUCUGGCCCCAAUGAUCCGACUCUGUGCCUCCAUGGUAUCGAAAGACAACGAACAGAGUGGUGGUUACUGGUCCCAUAGUGGAUCCAAAGGUACUCAUCCGGGCCUCGAACUUGGUUCACGGCCUCAUACACAAAGCAAAGGAGCAGUGGGAAUAUCUGCCUUUGAUGAUGACGACGAAGAAGCAGAAGAAGGAAAAAUCGACGACAAAAAUGACUGGAAUAGAGUUACCUUCCGAUGGGUCACGAUUCGGACCGACAUCAUUGUUCGGGUUUUCUCUGAACACUCGACCGAGAGACUCGUUGUCUGA